CUGUUGCAUAACAUUUGUGUUCUCGAAUGUGCUCUUGAUGUUGCCCUCUGUGUGCUGUUGCACACAGGUGCACCUAAUCUAAUCAAUAAAUGACUGCUGCCUGUGAAGGUUCGGGUAAUGCCAGUUGAAUGCAAUCCAGUGGCUGUGUGUGUGUCUUUUUCCUCUAUCAUGGUACUUUCUGUUGGCUAUUCCAGCCUUUAAGAUAUGGCAGCGUCAACAGGUUAUGGGCCCAGAAAAGAGUUUGGAAGCCGAUGGAAUCGUUUAUGUUUCGAUGGAGAUGAGAGAAAAUAUGAGUUGUGGGAAACUAAGUUCCUUGCGUACCUGCGUCUACAAGGUCUGAAGAGCACCAUACUGCAAGAGCCAGACGAGGAGGACGAGGGUGCAGAACAAGACGCCAAAAGAAAUGAAGAGGUCUAUGCUGAACUGAUUCAAGUGUUGGAUGACAAAAGCCUGUCACUGGUGAUGAGAGAUGCAGCUGACGAUGGUAGGAAGGCCCUACAGAUUCUGAGAGACCAUUAUGCUGGUAAGGGGAAGCCCCGUGUGAUCAACCUAUACACAGAGCUUACAUCCCUUCAAAAAGCUGUAAAUGAGAGCGUCACAGACUAUAUUAUUCGUGCAGAGACUGCCAUCACAGCACUGAGACAUGCAGAAGAAACUUUAAGUGAUGGUUUAUUGAUUGCAAUGACUCUGAAAGGUUUGCCAGACUCAUUUAAACCAUUCUCUAUCCACAUUACCCAAAGUGAUGAAAAGUUGACCUUUGCUGAGUUUAAAACAAAACUAAGGAGCUAUGAAAGCACAGAAAAGUUUAGUUCUGCCAGCUCAGGUGAUGACAGCGUGAUGAAAGUAAAAGGAAGACUUGGCUGUGAAGGAAAGCUGACCUGUUACAACUGCGGCCAGAAGGGACAUAAGGCCAUGGGGUGUCCUGCUACUGGUGAACACAGAGAACAGAGACAGUGGUGCAGUUUUUGUAAGAGUUCCACCCACAGAGAUGCAAACUGCAGGCGUCGGGGACGAGACAAUGUGAAACAGGCGGUGGAUGAGGAGGACCACACGUUUGCGUUCAAGGUGGGCCAGGUGGAUGACGCCCCCGUUGGUGGACUAAAGAAAAGAGGUCUUAUGGUCGAUACUGGAGCCACUUCGCACAUUGUAACUGACAUGGCACAGUUCAGGAGUUUUGAUCCGGGUUUUAAGCCGCAGAAGCAUAUCUUGGAGUUGGCUGAUGGAGAGAGAACCAGUGGCAUCGCACUGAAGAGAGGUUUGGCCAACGUUAGCCUGAUGGACAGCAGAGGACGUGCGGUGGACACAAUGCUGACCAAGGCAUUGUACGUCCCAUCGUUUCCCCAAGACAUCUUCUCAGUCAAGGCAGCGACCGCCUGAGGAGCAACUGUCAUCUUCAAGGAGGGACAAGAUGAGCUCAUUCAUAAAGACGCCUCCAGCAGACCAGACUACCAUGAGUUCAGUGUCUGAACCACAGAGCCACCCACUACAGAGGGUCGGGGAGGCCCAGGGGAGAGGUGGCCCACAGCAUCAGGGCUAAGAGGAUUGAUUGAAGCCCUGCUGGGAGUGGAUCACUUACGGUAAGGCGACACCGGGGUCCAUGCUGCGGCACGGCUCCCAGGCGGCAGGGAAGGGAAGGGGGAUCUGCUAAGGACAGGGGGACUGACAGAUCUUAUCAGGACUGAGAUCCUGUCUGGAUCCCGCCGACAUCCGACUCCCUACUCUGCUCUUUGCACGGCA